AUGGGCCCAAGGUCUAAAUCAUUUGCACACCGGUUGUCCAUCUUUUUCCCAAGUCAUGAAUCGCUCAAGAAGGGAGGCUCUCAGUGGUCUUCAUUAUGGACUGGAGAAGGAUACAUCGCAGAGUUUCAUAGGUUGUUGAAAGGCAUGGACGACGAUGAGAAGACCCUCUUGCAAGAUGGACUUGAAGAUAUAUUUUCCAACCUUCACUGUCUUCCUGCAAGCACCACUGCAGCUGUAUGGCGUGUCAAACAAUCAGCCAUAGUCUUCGUCACUAAUCCCGCAUUCUACAAAAUUGAAUGCUUAGGGAGAGCUGGUGAAAGUCGAAGAGGACCUGUUGUGCGCCGCCCAGUCAAUGUAAUCAAGGGAAAGCGCAUUUUCACAGCGGACCUAAUGGAUGUCAUGCCUUUCGAUGCCCUUGGAGCUCUUAGAAAGCGGUCUGACAGGCAGAAACGCAGGGACCUUCAUAAAAAACUAACCAAGGCAAACAAGCACAAGAGGGUCCCACCUCCCCCACGUUCCCGCACACGGAGUAGACCAUUUCCUCUGUCUAGCCCCAAACCUGUAUGUGAUGAUACAAUGGAUGUAGAUGACUAG